AUGUCAAAAUCGCUUGAAUGGGAUUCCCUACAAAAUAACCUUCAACCAUGGAUACGUACAGCCAUCGAUGUGAUGGGGUUUGAGCAGAUGACACCAGUGCAAGCCUCGACGAUUCCAUUACUAACUGGUAAUAAAGAUGUUGUAGUAGAUUCUGUUACUGGGUCAGGUAAGACUGUGGCAUUUGUGGUUCCGAUUCUUGAACGGAUCGUAGCAGAGCAAGCAGCCACAAAUAUAAAGAAAGGUCAUUUCCAUACAUUAAUUCUCUCGCCAACUAGAGAAUUGGCUAAACAAAUUCAAUCUGUUAUCGAUAAAUUUUUGGAACAAUACCCUGAAGAGAAAGCUCAAAAAUAUCCGAUUAAAUCUCAACUUAUUGUCGGUACUGAUAGUAUGAAUGUACAUGAUGACGUGAAUUUUUUGUUAGAGAACAAACCAUUGAUAAUGAUUGGGACUCCAGGUAGAGUUUUGGAAUUUUUCCAAGAUCCUCGUGUUAAGAUCACCUCAUGUAAUAUGUCCAUCUUAGAUGAAGCAGACAGAUUACUGGAUAGUAGUUUCCUAGGUGACGUAGAGAAAAUUUUACGAAUGUUGCCAAAACAGAGAAGAACUGGACUGUUUUCUGCAACGAUUAAGAGUGCAGGGAACGAUAUCUUUAAGACAGGGUUAAGAAACCCAGUCAAGAUUACUGUCAAUAGUAAAAUUUCUGCACCAUCCACUAUAUCAUUCAACUACUGUAUAGUGAAACCUAAGGAGAAAUUACAACAAUUGUUACACAUCCUUGAAAACUAUAGAUUCAAGAAAUGUAUAGUAUAUUUCCCAUCAUGUAGUUCAGUCCAAUAUUUUUAUUCAUUCAUUACCCAUUUACAAAAAACAGCAUCAUCAGACAAUUAUAUAUCCAAUGAUAUUGGUGUCUAUUCUUUACAUGGGAAACUGCAAACUAGUUCUCGUAUGAAGACAUUGAAUAAAUUUACAGAGGAUCUUGCAAACUCUGUAUUGUUGACCACAGAUGUUGCUGCAAGAGGUAUUGAUAUACCAGAUGUGGAUCUAGUGAUUCAGCUGGAUCCACCUACGGACACAGAUUACUUCCUUCAUAGAUGUGGAAGAACGGGUAGAUUGAAUAGAAUAGGUAAAGCCAUUACAUUCCUAAAUGAAGGUAGAGAAGAAGAUUAUAUUGAUUUCUUAGAGGUCAAGAAUAUUAUUCUAACUCCAGCUAAUGACUUGUUAGAACAAAAUCCCGAUAACGACAAAUUCUAUGAAGAAAUGAAAUCAUGGUUAUUAAAGGAUAGAGCUAGAUUUGAUCAUGCUGUUAGAUCGUAUGUCGCAUUUAUCAGAUAUUAUUCUAAUCAUUCUGCCAGUUCAAUCUUUAGAUUACAAACACUAGACUAUGUUGGUCUAUGUAAAAUGUACGGUCUUUUCCGUUUACCAAGAAUGCCUGAAAUCACAAAGAAUUUAAAAGAUGAAGAUCCAUUAAAUCCCGGUCAUAAAAUUACUUUUGGAGAUGGUUGGUUGGUUGAUCCACCAGUCGAUCUUAACUCAUAUACAUACGCUGAUCCAAAACGUGAACAGGCUAGAUUGAAAGAUUUGGCCAACCUUCAAAAAAUCAAUGAUAAAAAGAAACUUAAAUUUGAAUUGAAGAAGAAGAAUAUGGCUUGGUCUAAUAACAGUUCCUCAAAGGAAGUGAAAACUAAAAGAAGAGAGAAGAUGCAAUUAAAGAGAAAAGCCAUUGAAGAAGAACUGGCUAAGAAUGGUGACGACGGUAAUUCUGAUGAAGAGUCGAAUAACGAUUGGAAAAAUGAGAUAUUAGAGUCUAGGAAGAAACAAAAACAAAACAACGACGUUCAAGGUCAAUUCGAUGACUUGUGA